GGGUUACUGGUGUAUUUAUAUAGACCUUUCUAUAGUUUUAGCCUUUUUUUCUCCUUUAAAACCCGAUCUUUCUGCUGUAGUGUCGCAGGGGAAUCAAUAUGGCAGCUCCUGUGUAGGAAUAGAGAGACGAGUUGUUUCUGUGCCAGGGACCAAUAAGCCUCAGUCUUGAUAUUAGACAAAUCCGUUAUGUAACUAGUCGCCCCCAUUCCUCCCCACUUAAUCCCUGCACCCCUCGUUAUGUGACUGCUCCAAUGUGGGGGUGACAUCUUUGUCUCCAUAGCAACCAGUGCCCGCACACACACAUCCUUAUAAAUGGGAGAAGCUCAGCUCUGUGGGCAAACGCUGAGCCCAUGUGAUGCCAAAACUCCUACAUUUACCCUGAUCUCCUCUGUGUAUAGAGGGGCACAUUAAUGGUGGUGCCAGGAGCAGUUCCGCCAGUACUACGGGCACCCAGAGGGGUCAUCACAGGAGAGAAAUCAAUUUUAUUUCACUCACAUGAGAUGCCCCAGUUUCUUCCUCUGAACAAAGUAUUAGUUUGUUAUUCCUUCUGUCUUUUACUUGCGUCUGCGAGUGCUGAUCCCUGGGCCUAAUCCGAUGGAUUCAUGUGGAUCAUCAGAACCGGGAUUAUCCUGAUAUUCAUGGCUGAGUGGGAUUUUAUUCAGCAGCUCCUAUGGGUGAAAUAAACAAGUGCAUUCAGCAUGGAGAACUGCCAGUGACUAACUGGCGUCCUUAAUAUGUAUAUAUUUGGGGUAUAUAUAUAUAUACAUACACACACACAAUUAACUCCUAGGUCACCGGCAUUGCAAAGCUCAUGUUGCCUUUAGAGACAACAAUAUUCAUAUUUAGCACAUUUUUUUAUAGAAAUGUUGCUGCCCCUUUAAAUCAGACUCUUUAGGGAUGGUGGGUGCUCCUGCCUUUGAGGCUCGUUGACUAAAACUGGGCAGUAACCCAUAACAACCAAGGACUGUUUGCUAUGGGUUACUGCCUAGGUGCUAAUUUGCCCAGUGUAGGUAAACGAGGUGUUUGUGAUUGACUGGCAGCUGUUACAUAACAAAAACAGAGCCCCCCCCCCUCCUAUACAGGAAGCCCUUAUGUGUCUGACUGCACCCCCUGUUCCACCCACUACCAGCCCUAUACAGCUCAGCAGCCGGAUGGAAGUCUUUACAUGGAAUUGGGUGUCAUCAGAGCAGACUGUGGGUGGGAGGAGGCUGGGGUAUAAAGCAGGGAGCCGGCACCACGAAUCACAAGCAAAGAGCUCCAGCCAGAGAAGGGGGUCCUACAACUACAUAGAAGGGUCCUACAGCGACAGAAAAGGGUCCUAUAGCUACAAAGAAGGGUCUUACAGAGAAGGGUCCUACAUCUACAAAGAAGGGUCCUACAGCUACAAAGAAGGGUCCUACAUCUACAAAGAAGGGUCCUACAGCUACAGAGAAGGGUCCUACAGCUACAGAGAAGGGUCCUACAGCUACAGAGAAGGGUCCUACAGCUACAAAGAAGGGUCCUACAUCUACAAAGAAGGGUGCUACAGCUACAAAGAAGGGUCCUACAGUGACAGAGAAGGGUCCUACAGCUACAAGGGAGAGAGCAAGAUCACUGGAUUAACCCUUUCCUGCUUCUCCUGGUCCUUCUGCAUCAGCCAAGUGCACCCAGUUUUUCAGCCUCCAUUGCUCCUGUCUCUACUCCUCACUCCUCACAGCAUGUCUGUCUCUCAGGCUGAGGAUCAGCUGUGCAGCUACGAGGAGGCCAUUCACCAGAGUGUCUACUUGGAGGAAGACUUCUCCCAGCCUUCCUCAUCCAGGGGUCCUCUGAGGAGGCCGAGGCACAGUCGACUCAGGACCCAGCCUCUGUCCUUCGAGGAGAUCCGAGAGGAAGAAGAGGAAGGGGUCUCCCCCAGCGAGGAGGAGAAGGCGAAGAAAUCCUUCCAGCAGUCUCUGGAGUCUCUCAGGAGAAACUCCUAUCACUUGUACCUGCAGAGACAGAAGCUGGAGGGCUCCAGACACAGCCUGUAACUGUAUGACUGUAACAGGGGUCUCUUAUUAACCCCAACUGCAUCCCUAUGUGUCCUGAGCCAUCCCUCAUACCCAGCCAGGAACUUUACAGAUAAGACUACCACCUCUGCUGGGUGCUCACUCCUUGUUCUGCAACUCUUGAAGAGGGACACUCCCCAACUUAAGGGCUGUCUCAAAUGAAUGCACUGCCGGGUCCUUCAGAGCCAUUAAAUGCCGGUUAUUUUUAUACCUUGAUCUAUCUAUGCACUAUGUGAAUAAGCUGCUUGUGAGUUUGUAUAGAUACCCAGUACUGAUGUAGGAUACAGUAUGCCGCACUGGGUCGCACUUCAGAUCCCUUUGUAUUUAAUCAAUAAACGGAUUUUUUUUU